AUCCCGGGACAGUGUGGUGGGGUUAGAGGUCAGAAACUGAGACCGACUCCCCGUUUACCGUUUCUUUACGGUUCUGCUGUUGCAUCCCGGGACAAUGUGACCCUGCACGGAUCACCUUCAUUAGCUGGUUGGAAACCGUUACGAAAGUUUUGUUCGGUCGACGUGCACGGUUGAACGUUUCAAGAGAAGUGCCCACAUAGCGUCCCCUGCUGCGUUAUAGCUACCCAUUUAGACGGCUGCGGCUUGCCACAGCAGCGGGAGUCCCUACACCGCAUCAUCAAGUGUCGCCUACCUCUCCCCCCCCCGGCAGCUCCAUCGAGCCAUGCGACAGUGGUGCCUCCCGGCUGCGGCACCGCGAACCGAGCCUCUGCCCACAGGGCGCCUCUCACCCCCGCUGUCAGAUGCCAGGAUGGAGUGUUGUGAGGUGGAGCCACGCUAUACCAUCGAGCAGAUCGACCUCCUUCAGCGUCUCCGUCUCUCAGGGAUGACCAAGCCACAGAUCAUCCAGGCUUUAGCAUCCCUAGAGCGGCUAGAUCCCGACCAUCGCCCCCCGUACUGCAAUGACACCCACACCGCCAACCCCACAACCAACACUACCCCUACCACAGCCUCCGCCCCAGCCCCCUCCUCCUCCUCCUCCUCCUCUUCCUCCCUCUCCUUGGCCUCCGUCACCACGCAGACACCCGGGCAGGAUGGCGCCUCCCUGUCGCCUAGCAACAGCUACGAAACCUCGCCCCCGCCGCUGUACCCCCCGGCAGUCGGAGUUCAGAGGUCAUUCAGCUAUGACAUCAUGGCGGAGGAGGACUGGGACCUGGAGGAGAAGGUAGAGGAGUACAUGAGGAGGGACAGUAACCUGGUGAAGGAGGAAAUUAAAACCUUCCUCAACAACCGCAGGAUCUCCCAGGCCAUCGUGGGACAGGUCACAGGUAUCAGUCAGAGUUACAUCUCCCAGUGGUUGCUGCAGCAGGGCUUGGAGAUGAGCGACUCCAAACGCAGAUCUUUCUACCGUUGGUACCUGCUAGAGAAGAACAACCCAGGGCUGAGGUGGAGUGAAAGCCAGCAUGGCCCGGCGGGUCUGGGCCUGGGGCUCAGUGGUCUCGGCCAGGGGCUGGGACAAAACCUGGGCUCUGGACCCAGGUCAGCCAGGGGAGGGGACAGAGACGUCACGGCGACGGGCAACGCCGCCACGGGCACCACGGCCGCUACAGCCGCGACCGCCUCCACCACCUGGGGCAGACAGAGAGAACUGCUGAUGCACCUGCUGCCAUGGUACACUGCAGCCUCCUCACAGCCAGGUGCUACCCUGUCGAUGCGCUCCCUGGUGAAGGAGGAGCCUGAUUGGAGGACGGGGGUCAGCCCCGGAGAGAGGGGCGGGGUGGCGGGCGGUCCUCUUAGGCUGCGGAGGGGAAGCAGGUUCACCUGGAGGAAGGAGUGCCAGUCCAUCAUGGAGAGUUUCUUCAUGGAGAACCAGUACCCUGACGAGGCAAAGAGAGAGGAGAUCGCUAACGCCUGCAACUCAGUCAUCCAGAAACCCGGAGGCAAGCUGUCUGAGUUUGAGCGUGUCACGGCUCUGAAGGUGUACAAUUGGUUCGCCAACCGCCGGAAGGAGAUGAAGAGGCGGGCUAAUAUAGAGGCGGCCAUCUUGGAGAGUCAUGGUAUCGAGGUUCGCAGCCCGAGCUGUCACUCAAACGGGGAGGAGCUGGAGCCACAUGACUACGCAGAGCAAGUGAAUCAACGAUUCUCAGAGCAGGAAGAGAUUUCAUCCAGGAAGGACCUUGAUCAACAAGACCCCUCCUCAUUGGCUGCCGUCAAUGUCCUUCCCCCUCCUAGCCCCGCCCCUCAGGUCCUGGAACACAAAGCUGACGAAUCGAAAAGGGAGACUGUGGAUGAGGAGUGACCUAUGGGAGAAGAACGUCACUAAAGUGUGGAUUUUUACAUAUAUAAGGGAUUUUUUUUUAAAGAAAAGAAAAAUGACUGCUCUGAGUAUCUGUCCUCCUAGAGGUCUUCAGGGGUUAUGACUGCUCUGAGUGUCUGUUUCUCCUAGAGGUCUUCAGGGGUUAUGACUGCUCUGAGUAUCUGUCCUCCUAGAGGUCUUCAGGGGUUAUGACUGCUCUGAGUAUCUGUCCUCCUAGAGGUCUUCAGGGGUUAUGACUGCUCUGAGUAUCUGUCCUCCUAGAGGUCUUCAGGGGUUAUGACUGCUCUGAGUAUCUGUCCUCCUAGAGGUCUUCAGGGGUUAUGACUGCUCUGAGUAUCUGUCCUCCUAGAGGUCUUCAGGGGUUAUGACUGCUCUGAGUAUCUGUCCUCCUAGAGGUCUUCAGGGGUUAUGACUGCUCUGAGUAUCUGUCCUCCUAGAGGUCUUCAGGGGUUAUGACUGCUCUGAGUAUCUGUCCUCCUAGAGGUCUUCAGGGGUUAUGACUGCUCUGAGUAUCUGUCCUCCUAGAGGUCUUCAGGGGUUAUGACUGCUCUGAGUAUCUGUCCUCCUAGAGGUCUUCAGGGGUUAUGACUGCUCUGAGUAUCUGUCCUCCUAGAGGUCUUCAGGGGUUAUGACUGCUCUGAGUAUCUGUCCUCCUAGAGGUCUUCAGGGGUUAUGACUGCUCUGAGUAUCUGUCCCCCUAGAGGUCUUCAGGGGUUAUGACUGCUCUGAGUAUCUGUCCCCCUAGAGGUCUUCAGGGGUUAUGACUGCUCUGAGUAUCUGUCCCCCUAGAGGUCUUCAGGGGUUAUGACUGCUCUGAGUAUCUGUCCUCCUAGAGGUCUUCAGGGGUUAUGACUGCUCUGAGUAUCUGUCCUCCUAGAGGUCUUCAGGGGUUAUGACUGCUCUGAGUAUCUGUCCUCCUAGAGGUCUUCAGGGGUUAUGACUGCUCUGAGUAUCUGUCCCCCUAGAGGUCUUCAGGGGUUAUGACUGCUCUGAGUAUCUGUCCCCCUAGAGGUCUUCAGGGGUUAUGACUGCUCUGAGUAUCUGUCCUCCUAGAGGUCUUCAGGGGUUAUGACUGCUCUGAGUAUCUGUCCUCCUAGAGGUCUUCAGGGGUUAUGACUGCUCUGGGUAUCUGUCCUCCUAGAAGUCUUCAGGGGCUAUGACAGUCAGAGUUAAUAGUGGAAAGGGUGCUACAGGUCGCUCUGGUGCCUCUAGUGGUAGGGAGGCCACUGUAUGUAUACAGUAAUCAUGCUUUAUAGUAAUGGCAAUAUUUAUCUCUCUCUAUAUAUAUAUAUAGUGCAUUCCAAGACUGUCUUAAACGAAGAAAAAAAAAACUCCUUAGAAGGAAGAGGGUUUUACCGGUAAGCGGAUCUAUCGUCCCUUCUAUAAGCUAAAAGCCUUUCUUUUAAAAAAUGGAUUUGCGAUUUUUCUUUUUAAAAGGUAUUGACGAGUGGUUGUGUAAAAUGGAGCUGGAGCUAAGUGGAGGGAGUAAGGAAUGUUUUCAACCUGCAGGUCAGGUGUGUUUGAUGAUAAGGUGAGUCCGGUGUGUUUGGUUGAAGCAAGCGAGGCUGAGUUUGGUUGAUCUUUGUUGUGACGAUAGUGUUUUAAGAUAAUACCAGUAUGAUAAUAUCCGCCUUCUCUGCUCGCUUGAAUGUCUGACCUGAUCUUAGUAACCUUUGUUAGACUUUGGGCUCAAUCUAUCGAUCCGUCAAGUGAUCGAUCAAGUAGUCUGGUCAGUGUUAAGAGUCCAACCCCUGAGGGACAAACGGAAUCUCAGGUAAACCCAAACAUGGUGGAUGAGGCUGAUGAAUCGUCCAAUAUUUCUCUGUAGUAAGCUUGUUCAAUGGAAUGUUUCAUAUCAUGUAAUAAUAUUGACUGUUUUCUGCCAAAACAUGAACACCCAGUGAGCAAAAAUGGGUUGAAAGGACGUCUUUUUUUAACUUGUUUUCCUCACUGCAUUUACUAUGUAUUAUGUACAGUUGAAGUCUGAAGUUUACAUACACCUUUAGCCAAAUACAUUUAAACUCAGUUCUUCACAAUUCCUGACAUUUAAUCCUAGUAAAAAGUCCCUGUCUUAGGUCAGUUAGGAUCACCACUUUAUUUUAAGAAUGUGAAAUGUCAGAAUAAUAGUAGAGAGAAUGAUUUAUUUCAGCUUUUAUAUAUUUCCUCACAUUCCCAGUGGGUCAGAAGUUUACAUAUACUCAAUUAGUAUUUGGUAGCAUUGCCUUUAAAUUGUUUAACUUUGGUCAAAUGUUUCGGGUAGCCUUCUACAAGGUUCCCACAAUAAGUUGGGUAAUUUUUGGCCCAUUCCUCCUGACAGAGCUGGUGUAACUGAGUCAGGUUUGUAGGCCUCCUUGCUCGCACACACUUUUUUUAGUUCUGCCCACACAUUUUUCUAUAGGAUUGAGGUCAGGGCUUUGUGAUGGCCACUCCAAUACCUUGACUUUGUGGUCCUUAAGCCAUUUUGCCACAACUUUGGAUGUAUGCUUGGGGUCAUUGUCCAUUUGGAAGACCCAUUUGCGACCAAGCUUUAACUUCCUGAUGGAUGUCUUGUGGAUAUAUUGAAGCAACAUCUCAUCAGUUUCUUUCCACAUGAUGCCAUCUAUUUUGUGAAGUGCACCAGUCCCUCCUGCAGCAAAGCACAACAUGAUACUGCCACCCCCGUGCUUCACGGUUGGGAUGGUGUUCUUUGGCAUGUAAGCCUCCCAUGGUGUUUAUACUUGCGUGCUAUUGUUUGUACAGAUGAACGUGGUACCUUCAGGUGUUUGGAAAUUGCUCCCAAGUAUGAACCAGACUUGUGGAGGUCUACAAUUGUUUUUCUGAGGUCCUGGCUGAUUUCAUUUGAUUUUCCCAUGAUGUCAAGCAAAGAGGCACUGAGUUUGAAGGUAGGCCUUGAAAUACAUCCACAGGUACACCUCCAAUUGACUCAAAUGAUGUCAAUCAGCCUAUCAGUACCUUCUAAAACCAUGAUGUUUUUCUGGAAUUUUCCAAGCUGUUUAAAGCUGUCAACUUAGUGUAUGUAAACUUCUGACCCACUGGAAUUGGGAUACAUUGAAUUUUAAGUGAAAUAAUCUCUGUAAACAAUUGUUUGAAAAAUGACUUGUGUCAUGCACAAAGUACAUGUCCUAACCGACUUGCCAAAACUAUAGUUUGUUAACAAGAAAUGUGUGGAGUGGUUGAAAAAAACGAGUUAAUGACUCCAACCUAAGUGGAUGUAAACUUCCCACUUCAACUGUAUGUCUUAUUUUUAAUCAGUAAGCCAAGGUAGCCCAGGGUUCCCUUCUAUAUACUUCCGUCUACUCGUCUUUCUUUGUCAAUGAAUGUCUCUAUUAAUCAAAGGAACGUUAUGUAUUAGUAACUAAUUAUAAUUAGUUAUGUCCCUUUUUUUCUCUCUGUUCAACAUUAACCACUCAAGUCUACUAUUCUCUGAAAACCCAGAUAAGCUAGUCUGUAGUCUACAGGUUUGAUUUCAAAAAAAAAAAAAAAAAGUUCUUGGCCACAUAAAAUGUGUUUGUUAAUCAUGACUUGUAAUGUCUGCUGUGCUAUAAGUACCUCUGCUCAUUGUAGUAUAAGCUACUCUUUACAUAUGUGUGUGUAUGACUGAAAGCUGCACUUCCUGGUCACUUCCUUUUUUAUUUCAUGUAUUUUCCAAGAAGUGGAACAACUAUGGUAAUGUGCUUUCAAGUUCAUUUUCUGUCAAUUCUUUGCUCUUGGUCGAGAGCUUGGGUUUUUGUUUUUGGGGGGGGGGGGGGGUGAAACUAAAUGAUUAUUAUGCAUAUGAAACAAUUCUCUGCAUGAUGUGUUUUCCCUUCUUAAAAAUGACAUAGACAGUGUUUUAGGAAACACUUUGUUUCCAAUAUGUAUUUAGCAGUUCUCCCCCCUUUAGCCACUGGCCCAAGGCCAUUCUCUAUUGGUCACCAAGACAUUUCUGUUAUCACAAGGCCUGAAUCCUAACUUUACUGACAUAUCCCUAACUCUGUGACCUCUCCAUAAAUCAUACAUUUUAAGUAAAUAGGAAAGAUGAGCCUGAAAAGGCAGGUUAAGCUCAGACGACCCUCCCCACACCCCUAUACAAGCCCGCUAACAUUUGACCUCCUAAUGCCAAAGCUAUGCCAAGGUACAGACGAGUGGUGAGGUAGACUCAUUUUGGAACCAGUAGACAUGUACAGGUUACAGUGCAUUUGGAAAAUA